AUGACAGGACGAGCUCUGUGCCUCUACCUGGUGCUCUCCCUGCAACUCCGGAGCGCAGUGCCGAUGGCUGUCCCACAUGGCAGGAGGGCGAUAGGGAGACGAGCCGGGGAGGGCGCGACAAACAAGGACAGAGACGCGCUGGAUGCGCUGCUAUAUCUGAAGGAUUUACCUCGUGGUCCCGCUGUGGCACCGCACAAAAAAGCACCGCAGUUUAUGUUGGAUUUGUUUAACGCCGUGUCUCGUGAGGAUGGAACCCCCAAGACCCAGAAGGAGAUUCUGGAUGGAAAUAUUGUUCGUAGUUUUGAGGAUAAGGGUCAUGGUGGUGAGAAGUUUCACUUCUUCAAUCUCUCCUCUUUUAGCAAAGAUGAGAGGAUGAAUAAAGCCGAAUUCCGCUGGUUUAGAAAGAAGCAGAAGUUUUUCAUGGGAAAGGCAUAUGGACCUCAUCUCUAUAAGGUUGAUCUGUAUGAGGUGCUGGACAGCAGAGUGAAACCAUGGAGGGGAAACCUCAUCACCACCAGACUAGUGCCCCUCUACACACAAGGCUGGGAAGUCUUCAAUGUUACUCAAGUGGUGUCCAAAUGGAUUGGUAACAGUGAAGAGAACAAUGGCAUCUUAAUGGUAACCACAUUCCCUUCUGGAGACUGGAUGGACACCUCUGUGGUUCCUUCCCCAAGACACACUGUUGAAGGAGCUGAGACCAAUGCAUAUCUGGUCAUAUUCUCUGAUGAGACCACUGGCAGGGCAACCAGAAAGUCAUACUUAGACCAAGUCCACAGUCCAUCUUCAGAACAACAGGGCAACAGGCAUCGUCGCGCUGCUCCCCUCCAAGUGCCCAACAGCUCCGCCCACACCUGCCAGCGUGUCCCUCUCUUUGUAGACUUUGAGGAGAUCGGCUGGUCCGGGUGGAUCAUCUCUCCCAGAGGAUACAACGCUUACCACUGCAGAGGUUCCUGUCCCUUUCCUCUAGGAGGCAGCCUUCGGGCCACAAACCAUGCCACUGUAAGAUCUAUCAUGCAUGCCCUGAAGCUUUCAAAUGAUGAAGUGGGUGCCCCCUGCUGCGUACCAGACAAGUUGCAGUCCAUUAGUUUGCUGUACUUUGAUGACGAGGAGAAUGUAGUGCUAAAGCAGUAUGAUGACAUGGUGGCCCUGAGCUGUGGCUGUCACUGA